GACGUUUGACUUUGGCAAAUGUUCACAAUUCGCGCAACGGCUAAGAACAAAAUACAAAAAUUAAAAACAAAUAAAUAAAUCUAAAAAAUACCUUUUAAGUGUUUUGAAAAUGCCAUUAGAAGUGCAAGGUACGUUCGUGUCUCAAAAAAUUAACAAAAUUCGAUGGAUCCCGGAAGAGUACGAAGAAACGAAGUGUUUCUUCACCGGCAGUUGGGAUGAUGAAGCAAACUCUAUAAAAGUUUGGACCCUUGAGAGUCCUCAUGAAGAUGAAGAGAUAGAAUAUCCUCGGGCGUUAUCUGAAUUCCCUGUGGAUGGUGAUGUCACAGAAAUAAAGUUCACGGACAAGAACAAAAUUGUUGUCUCAACAUCGAACGGCGACGUGCGUCUACUGGAAAUUAGCCCCUAUGAGAAACAGACACCGUUGCGGGAAAUACAUUCAUGGACAAAACUACAUAACUUUGGGACAGACCUUUGCUCAUGUACCUCUCUCGAUGCUAUUGAUGGUGACAUAGUCACAAUUGGCGAAGACGGCAACAUUAACAUACUGAAUGGCAGGCGAGGGGAAACCACUCGGACUAUUACUGGUGCUGAUAGCUGUUCCUUGCAUUCUGUUUGUUUCUUCAAACAUAGUGAGAUUAUAACCGGUAAUGUAAGAGGCCACAUGAAAAUCUGGGAUCUCCGAUCUAACAACAACAAGCCAGCUGCAUCAUUUUUGCUUGCUGGAGAUGAAAUGGCAGCCACAUGCAUUUUGAAUCAUCCCACUCAGCCUCACAUAGUUCUAGCAGGUAGUGAGUCAGGAUCUCUAGCCAUUUGGGACCUGCGUGUGAACUCAUUCCCAACGUCACUGCUCAAUGCACAUGCUGCUGGUGUCACAGAAAUGCAUUUCCAUCCAGAAAACCCACAGAAGCUUUUAACUUGUUCUGUGUCUGGUGAGAUUUGGGAUUGGAACAUGGAAGCUAUGACAAAGAGCUCCAAAGGGCCAGACAACCAAGUUACGAACUGGAUGCCAUUAGAAGAUAAGAAUGCAAUGAUGGUCAACUCCCUCAUGCCUACAUUGCACAAAGCCAUCAAUACCCUCCACUGUGAUAAAGGUAAGGUAAUCUGUGGGGCAGAUAAUGAAGCCAUCUAUCUCAUUAAAAACUUCAAAUACUAGUUUUUGGGUAAAAUAAAAAAUGUGUUGUAAUAAUAUGCAUUUUAUUUUAAUUAUUUAAUAAUAUGGAAGUAAAUACACUUACGAAAUAUCAUUAUACUUUAUUAAUAAUACACCAAGUCAGUCUUUGCUUGCCUAGUCAAAGUAUUGGUAAAAUAUUUUACAAAACGAAAGCUAUUUAGAAAAACAUAUUUACAUUAAAUACAAAGAAUACAUGGAAUUCUGAUUGUGGAGACUUAUAAUUUUAAAUAUUUUAUUGCAAUAUAAGGCACCAUGUUAUAAAUCCAUAACAACCAUUACAUUGCCAAAGUGGUAACUUUUG